AUGUCCGAUAGCUCUCUGGAAAGGAGGCAAUGGGAGGAAAGAGAAAAAGACUUCCUUACGAAUUACGUGGAAAAGAUCAAGAGACACGUAAAGGAAGACAAACAACUUUCGGAGCAGCAAAACGACAAGACCAAAAACAUGUUCCGUCAUAAAUCCGCAGCCGCACGAUCACUUGACAAAAUUUGCCGCCUAUUUUACGAAACAAGGUACCAGACAUUAGCUAAGCAAUUUGACGACGGAACGUUGACGUGGGAUCGCGUAAACGACCUCAUCCAACGGUUGGAGGAUAUCGACCUCAUUCUCAAGCAUCUGUUUCUUAACAGCAUCAACCUUCUUGACUUUGUCAAUACCUUGAUUAUAAGAGAGGAAGAGGAUCAUGCUAAGGAGACUGAGCUCGACAAGAUCAAAGAAUUCGACGCCCUUGCAUUCCAGGUGGUCAAGAAUCUCUUCUUGGAAUGGAAAGGAGUUGAUGAUCUGCCCUUUGUUCACCAAAUGGCCGAAAGAGUUAACAUCGAGGUCCCUUCCUUCCGUAAACCAGAAUUGUGGGGCGACAACUUGAAGGUGCAUCGCGAAAUACGCGAUAUUGCGUACCAGAAUGCAAAAGUGGUCAGAGAUAAAUGGGAAAGGAUGGAGAAGAAGCGCACGGAGGAUGAGGCAAAGGAGAAAUAG